UUCUUUUAUUUCCAGCCCUUCGCAGCCUAUAUAACCAUCUCCCCGAGCUGAGCUCCUACCGCUGUUCCCCCGCUAUCCCAGCACUCAACCAGAGCAGGUACAAUAUUCAGACCGGCCCCCUUGAGCUGAGCUGCAGGGAUGCCGUGUUAUGCCAGCAUGGGGGCAAGAUGUUCGCUCUUUGGGUAAACCCCCUCUGCCCCGCCAGCCGAGCACACUGUCCCAUCUGCCUCCCUGAGAACAGCAGAGGCGCUUCUGGUCCAGAAAGCCCGCUAGGUCUAGGCCGAGCCCUGCACGGAGAUGGAGAAUUACACCGUGGCUGCGGCGACGAACUCCUGCACCUUCCAUGAGGAGUUCAAGCAGAUCCUGCUGCCCCUGGUCUACUCCGUGGUGUUUGUGGUGGGGCUCCCCCUGAACUUCAUCGUCAUUGUGCAGAUCUGGCUCUCCAGGAAGGUGCUGACCCGCACUGCUAUCUACAUGCUGAACCUGGCCACAGCCGACCUGCUGUACGUGUGCUCCCUGCCGCUGCUCAUCUACAACUACACGCAGAAGGACUACUGGCCCUUCGGGGACUUCACCUGCAAGUUCGUCCGCUUCCAGUUCUACAGCAACCUGCAUGGCAGCAUCUUGUUCCUCACCUGCAUCAGCGUCCAGCGCUACCUGGGCAUCUGCCACCCUCUGUCAUCCUGGCACAAGAAGAGGGGCAAGAGGUUCACCUGGAUGGUGUGCGGCGGGGUGUGGGUCAUCGUCAUCGCCCAGUGCCUGCCCACCUUCGUCUUCGCCUCCACGGGCAUCCAGAGGAACAGGACCGUAUGCUACGACCUCAGUCCCCCGGACCGCUCCGCCAGCUACUUCCCCUACGGCAUGACGCUGACGGUCACGGGGUUCCUCAUCCCCUUUGUCUCCAUCCUGGUGUGCUACUGCUGCAUGACCAAGCUGCUCUGCCAGAAGGAUGAGAUGAUAGGCCUGGCCGUGCGCAAAAAGAAGGACAAGGCCAUCCGGAUGAUCAUCAUUGUGGUCAUCGUCUUCGCCAUCAGCUUCUUCCCCUUCCACCUGACCAAGACCAUCUACCUGAUCAUCCGCUCCUCGGCGGGUGUGCCCUGCCUGGCCUUGCAAACCUUCGCCAUCGCCUACAAGUGCACCAGGCCCUUUGCCAGCAUGAACAGCGUGCUGGACCCCAUCCUCUUCUACUUCACCCAACGCAAGUUCCGGGAGAGCACGCGCCACCUGCUGGACAAAGUGAGCUCCAAGUGGAGGCACGACACAUGCCGCACCUACAAAUCGUAGGCUCCAGGGAAAGGAGAAUGAGGGGGGAUGUUCUGCUGCGCGGAGGCAGAGGACUGAAUGGCUGUGGCUUUAUCGCAGCCAGCCCUGCUUUACCCAGCAACAGGGAGAGCGGGAGCAGGAGGCAAGGACUGAUGGUCCUGAGCAUAGCGCUGGGAGCCAGGAGCUUCUGAGUUCUAUUCCCAGUUCUGGCCAUGGGUGGGUCAUUUGGCCUCUCUGUGCCUCAGUUUCCCCAUCUGCAGAAUAGAGAACAAUACUCUGUAAAUAAUAGGUAAAAUGAUGCUGACCUGCCUCACACCUUGGUCAGGGCUCGGAAAGUGCUUUGAGGAUGGACCAGGCUAAGAACAGUUUAUCCUUAAAAUUCCAGCAAAUGGCCUGAGUGGGAAAGGUUACAGUACAGUUGGAAAGAGGAAAGUGAAAAUAAUUGGGAGCAGGCUUUGGGGCUGGGCGAGGUGGUGUCCGAACGCAGUAUUAGUGCAGUUACUAUGGUGCACCGCAGCUGUCACCUAUGAGGAGGAGCGGCUGCUCAAUAUUAACCGCCGCUCGCUCUGUGGACUGACGAUCCUUGCCACGGAUCUCUGACUGGCAAAGCCCUAGCAACCACACGUGGGGCUUUGCAGUGAAUUGUGCUACUGCCGCUGAUUACAAUGGGCCACAGUCCACGCCAGUGGAGUUGCGGCGCAGAUGGGUUUGUCCCAGCGUGUUUCAUUCAGAAUGAAGUUUCCAGUGGAUUUGGGAAAUCCGUUAUUAGCAAGUAGUUCAGUGGUUUACAACUACCUAGAUUUUGUGGACAAAAAUCUCUCCCCAUGUCAGUCCCCUAUAGAGAUCACCUCUGAGAAUGAGCAGUUCGGGAACGGGGGAAUCAGCUGCUGCGUGCCAGUGCACGAAUUACUGGGAUCUGGUGAACUUAUUAGGGUGACCAGACAGCAAGUGUGAAAAAUCGGGACGGGGGUGGGGGGUAAUAGGAGCAUAUAUAAGAAAAAGACCCAAAAAUCGGGACUGUCCCUAUAAAAUCGGGACAUCUGGUCACCCUAGAACUUAUCCACCAGCCAGUGUUUUUUCACUGCUUUGCCACAGUAAUUCAAGUUUCCCAAGCAGAAAGCUGCGUUACUAAUGCAAGGAAAACCUACCCUGGGAAUUUAGAGAAGACAAUAGGUCUCUUGGGACCACAUGAGUCUACAAAAGGCUUGAUCCAUAUGGGAGGGCAGGAAAAGGGAAAUCUAGCGAGUACAUCUACAGUAUUAUUGGCUGUUAACAAUGAGGACACAGUCAUUAAGCUAACCUGACUGCUACAGUCCGAUUCAGUUCUAUCUAGGUCAUCUUACAACUCUCAUCGCCGUAAUAUCUGAGCACCUUACGAUGCGAUCGUCCUGGUUUCUACUGUUUAAAGAUUCACCAGUUGCCUGACUGGAUCUAAUAGGGCUCUGGUGUGUUUUUAUUUUAUUGUAUUGUAUUUUUGUGCACCCUCGUUAGAAAAGCAUUCUCACGUCAUCUCCAGCAUUUUGAGCUAAGAUCUAGUUCAUGGGAAAUUUAAUCUUUUAAAAAGGAACUGGAAACCAGAAUAUUUUUAAAGAAUUUCCAAGCUAACUGCCCUGUUUUUAUGAUACACUGGUUUAGUGUGUAGAAGCAUGUCUCCCUCUAGUGGCAGAUCCCAGAUAUAAGUCUGCUACUUAAUUUAGCUCAUGCAAUAGAGACCUGUGUUUUUGAAGAUGACAGGUUCAGUCCCUGCUGGAGUUAGCGUCUGCGCGGCCACAUCUCAUGACAGGCUGCACUAGGCUUUUUAAGCAAGUCAACUCUGUUGUGACACAUCACUGAAUAACAUUUAAUUUGGGGGUGGGAGUGGAAGAAAUGAUGGGAAUGACUGUCAAUGCUUACGCCUGGGAUGGUUCUUGAUCAGCAGCAGAAACUAACCACUGAGUAUGUGCAGGGUAUGAAAUAAGAGUUGAAGAAUUUAACUGAACAAAGGUGGAGUCAACAUACUGGGCCAAACCCAGCCCUGGGGUAACCGAGCACCACUCGACUUAAAUCACUUUGAAGUUGGUGGAGUUGCACCUGCUGACAAUGGGGGUGAAUUUGACGCAGUGGGAAAGAGUAGGUGCUGUAUCUUCCCGGGCUGGGCGCAUUUGAAAUCAGUGUUGAGACAAGUAGCCAGACCUCUCCUAGGCACUACUCUGAACAGUAAGGUGCCAUCUAUCUACCAGCACGAUCAUGUCAUAGCCACCCGUGACAUUGUCCUCUGAACUAUUUAUGGGACGACUGCCCUCUUGGCCGAUGUACCAGGGGUUGAACAGGGAUCUCCAGAGCUGAAAGCAUAAGCACUUACAGCGUGAGCUAAGGAACCUAGCUCCUCUAGUGGGUAGCUUCUAUCGCUGCAGAUCAGCACAGCAGAGGACCAGUAACACACACAUACACACACCAGUGGAUGCCACUUAUGCCACACCUGGUAUAGGCGCUGACUUCUACCCGCGCCGGUGGGUGCUUGACCCUCCUCUGCCCUGGCCCCACUCCGACUCCACCCCUGCCCCGCCCCCUCCCGCCCCUGCCCUGCCCCCAUUUCAACCCCUU